AUGCUUCCAUCACCAUGUCUUACGGGCCUCCCUAUUGAGGUCCGCUUGCAAAUCUACCAGUUAUACUUUCAUUGUCCAGGUGGUCUACUCUAUUCCCACGACAGUCAAAAGCUCCAUGCAAAGGAUCCAGACGAAAAGUUUGAGGUUUCCUUAAUCUUCACGUGCCGUACCAUAGCUGCCGAGACUCAGGGUCUGCCUUUCGAGUUCAACACGAUCACUUUUACCACGGGCUGUCACAUAAAGAAUUACAGCCAUGCUGGGGAAUACUCACGAAUUCUUCACGCGCUAUCCACUCAGCGUUUUAAAGUCCUCUGCUAUAUGCGCCCAGCAAUCUCAGAGGAAAUCUAUGAGGAAGUAACUUCGAGAUUUCCGCGCUUCACACCAGUGCUGGAUGCCAUCAGGCAACACCCGCCGCUGGAGGGUGGGGACAACUGGAACUGGAUAUCUGAAAUCUCUCGAUGGGGUGAUGUCCCUUUUCAUACACGAGAAGCAACAGUUCUCACAUGCCAGUUGGCACUGCUACUAAUGGAGAAGGAAGCCGUUGCUGCCGUGGCCAGAUUUCUGCAGGGCCACCCAGAUCUACCUCCCCACAAUGACCCCUUGCGCAUAUUAACUAUUGAUCACAAACCUUGGGACAUACCCUCAGAAAGUGAAUUGCGGCGACUAGAAGCUGCCUUACAUGAUCAAUCUCGAGGCGACUCGGCCUGGGCGCAAGGUGUUAAGAAGGUCCAUGGCGCAUGGAGGAGUUCUUCCCAACACCCAAGGCCGUAUCACUUCUCCGCGGCCACAACAGCUAUUCAAUUUCUCCGCCAGAUGUCUGUCGAGCAGCGAAUGCAUCUUCGAAAUAUCGUGUUACGCGAGGACUCCAAGUCCGUCGCUUACCCAGCAUGCCACGCUCGCGGACUCAUUCCCUUCUGCCAGCAGAAUCCUCACCUUCACAUCGAGAGGCGAGUCAGUCUAUUCGGUAACAUUUUAGAGGUCCCCGACGGUUUGUUCCCCGCAGAAACCAGGUCCAGAUCCGAUCUGUCCAAAGCUUUAGCGGUCUGGCUUGCUGAAGCAAUGGACCUGGGGCCCGCCGGCAUGCCGCCCAAUGCCUUCAGCUUUGUUCUGGACGAUGAUCAGGCGCCGGACAGGGCGAGAAUCACCUUUGACAGAGUUUUCCAGAGGAGCCUCACUACUCAGCUCCACUUCGAGGCGCUUUACGAAAGGAGUGGUCAGGAAACGAGGGAUUUCUUCCAAAUGACGAAGAAUGAGCUGUACAUUUUGGAUGGAUUUCCCCGAGCGAUAGAGGAGCUCUUCCGAAAUAAUGGCAUCCUCCGCUGCAGCUUCAGCCCGGGUGAGCUAGGGGAAGACGGCAGAGUACCCCAAAGCACGUUGCCGCCCGGGGACGACUUCGUCAACAUAGUUGAGGAUGUGGGAUUUAACAUGCGGAGUGUCAGGUUUUCGUUUAGCGAUUGUAUAGGCGAAAUAUUUGGGCAUACGGAAUUCCCCGGUCUUCUUUGA